AUGAUAAAGGUUCUUGGAUGUUAUGAGAUUAAUCUUAAUAAAAAGAUAAAUGAAGGGAGCUAAGCAUAAAUAUUUGAAUGUCUUAACACCGACACAAAUCAAGUUUGUUGUGCAAGAGUGAUUGAUAAAAAAUAAUUAAAUAACACUUAUUAUUUAAAGCAGUUUGAAGAAGAAAUAAAAGUUAUAGAAUAAUUAAAAUGGUAAAGACAUGAAAAUCUCUUAACUAUAUAUGAUUAUAAAGAAGAGGAAGAUUCUAUUUAUUAGUUUGCUGAAAAAUGUGAUGAAACUCUUCUUGAUUUUAUGAAACAAGGUAAAACUAUGUUAACAAUUGAUUUUUUAUAAUUUAUAAAGUAAAUAAGCAGUGGAUAUCUUCAAUUAAUGAAAAUUAAUGUAAUUCACAGAGAUUUGAAACCAGAAAAUAUUCUAAUAAAAUAUUUUCAAAACAAAAGCACUUUUAAAGUAUUCAUAUAACUAUAUAAGAUUUCUGACUUUGGAAUAAGUAAAAUAUUAGAUUAAUAAACAGACAGAAUAAAUACAUAUGGUAUAGGCACUUAAAACUAUUCAUCUCCAGAAAUGUUAUCCUAAACUGGCAAUUAUAAUUAUGAAUCUGAUAUUUUUUCAGUAAAAUUAUUUUAUAAGUUAGUUUGGUAUAAUAUUGUAUGAAUCUACUUCAGAAAGGAGUUUAUUUAAAAAUCUUCGGUAAUAAAAAGAAUUUUUUGAAUCACUAAAAAAGCAGAGUUUCAAAAAAUAUCUGUAGGAAAAUAACCUUAAUGUAAUUUAUCUAUUCUAUCUAGAUUAACAUUUAAGAUCGAAUUUUAGAUUUAUUAGAUUAAUUAAUAGUUCAUGAUCCAAAAUAAAGAAUUAGUUGGGAGAAUUUGAAUAAAUUAGCAAUUAAUUAAACUAAUGAAUUUUUUUCGUAUAAUUUGCCAAUCUCUUAAACUAAAGAGUAAAGAGGAGAAAGUAUGCAUUAAUCUACUUUUGAUUCUUCUUUAACAGAAAAUUUUAAUCAUUUAAAUUUAUAGUUUUCAUAGUCAUAGGUUAGAGAAUAUAAUGCUGUUAAUAAUUUAGCUUAAGUUUAGAAUUCUUUUGGAUUGAAGAAAUAAGAUUUUAUGAAAUAAAAACUCGACUAAAAUUAGCUCUAAUUUUAAAGAGUUCUUCCUACUCCUAUGAAUAAUCGUUAAAAUUUAUGCCAUACAAUCUCAUAUAAUUAAUUACCGUAAACUAAUUUACAAUAGUAAAAUUAAAUUCCAUAAACACCAUGUAUAUAAUAAUAAUUUUCAAAUAAUUAGCAAUAGAAAAAUUUAUUACCUUAACCUCUAUUUCUAUAAUAAUAAUAUCAUUAAGGGCCACAAGCUCAGUAAUAAUAAUAUUAAUAAUAAUUAUAAUAAUAAUAAUACCAAUAAUAAUAAUAAAAAAAUCAAUAAGUGAGUAGAGUAUAAUAUCAAAAUCAAAGCUGA